AAUAGGCUUUACCAUCUAGUUACAAAUUAAUACGCAUUUUGUUAUUAAAUUAUGCAUCAAACACGUAUCUCUAUAUCCAAUAACGAGUAAAUUAUGUCAUUUGUGAAAAAAAUAUUUACUUUGCUUCGCUUUUAAAUAGAUCGAGAUUUUGUUUUGAAAGGGUMAAAGUUGUAUUUCCGGUAGCGCUGCUAGCUAAACAAACAAACAUGGCGCCGCUACAUUACCCGACAAGGGAUCUUUACGAUACGUAGAACAAAUGUAAAAAUAAGAAAUGUGACACAUAAUAAGAACCAUGCCAUGUUUGAUAUGACUGUAAAUAAAUAGUAGCUACCKUUUUUUGUUUUGCUAGCUCGGAGCACUUUUUUGUUGCCGUGUUUACAUCCAGCUAGCUCCACGGUCGGCUAACAGAAGCUAACAAGAUGAACCUUGGAACAAUGCUGUACAAGAAUUUAAAAGAUGUUACAUGGAGCUCGACGUCUUUACCUUUAGAUCAGCUCGUCAGUGCUUAUAAGCUGCCCCAGAUUGUCAAGCUGGAAAGCGGUCAGUUGGUGGAAGGGCUCAGGGACAACGACUACCUCUUGAUUCAUUCCUGCCGUCAGUGGACAACCAUCACCGCUCACAGUUUGGAGGAGGGACACUACGUGAUCGGACCCAAAAUAGAGAUCCCAGUUCAUUAUGAAGGUCAGUUUAAGCUGCUGGAGCAGGACAGAGAUGUCAAGGAGCCGGUGCAGUACUUUAACAGUGUGGAGGAAGUGGCCAAAGCGUUUCCUGAAAGGGUUUACGUCAUGGAGGAGAUCACGUUCAACGUUAAGAUGGCUUCAGGUCAGUGCAAUGAAGACACAGAGGUUUACAGCAUAACUCUAAGCACCGGCGAUGAGCUGACGCUGAUGGGCCAGGCUGAGAUCCUCUACGCCAAGAGCUCCAAGGAGAAAUCACGACUCAACACUAUUUUUAAGAAGAUCGGCAAGCUGAACUCCAUCAGCAAGCUGGGCCGGGGCAAGAUGCCCUGCCUGAUCUGCAUGAACCACCGCACCAACGAGAGCCUCAGCCUGCCCUUUCAGUGCAAGGGCCGCUUCAGCACCUGCAGCCCGCUGGAGCUCCAGAUGCAGGACGGCGAGCACACCAUCAGGAACAUCGUGGAGAAGACCCGGCUCCCAGUCAACGUGGUGGUGCCCAGUGCGCCGCCCCGCAACCAGCACGACCUGCACCUCAUCCGGGAGGGUCACCGCUACAAGCUGGUGAACGUCCAGACCAAGACGGUGGUGGUGUGCUGCGUGCUGCGCAGCAGCAGCAUCGUCCCUGUGCACUUCCCCUUCCACGUGGCCAUGCCCAGGUUCAUCGUCCCCGAGGAGCUGCUGCAGGGCGAGCUGUGGCUGGACACCAUGGUGCACCGCUGGUUCUCCUUCUGCCAGGAGCAGUUCGACAUCGACGAUUACUCCCGCGCRGUGCGUGACGUGCGCACCGACUGGAGCGACGACGGCAAGAGCCCCAAGAAAAUCAGCUGCAARGGAAACUGCAGCGGCAACAACGGGUGUCCCAACCACGUGCAGGUGCCCAGCUCCCUGACGUACGCUCGAGAGGAGCUCACYCAGUCCUUCCACCGCCUGUCGGUGUGCGUGUACAGCAGCAACCUGCACGGCAACAGUGAGGUCAACCUGCAGGGCUGCAUGACGCUGUGUCCAGACUGGGCCCCUCUGGGUCCUGACGGCAGCUACUCAGAACCCGGAGAGAACAGGCACUCGUUCCCGGAGCAGCUGGACGGCAGCGCCCAGCACCCGUACAUGAACCGGCUGGACGUUCAGUACGAGGAGGUGUGGACGGACCACCUGACGGGGCGGAGCUCCCCCACUGAGGGAACCAGAGACGUCAUCGACGACUACGCUGCGCCGGCUGUGCUCUCCUACCCGCUCACCUGUCCUCUCGGUGACAUCACCAGUCUAGAUGUGCCUCUGACUCCGCCCCCAGUCCCACCCAAAUCUGAAGCUGUGAAGGAGGAGUGUCGCCUGCUGAACGCUGCUCCACCGGUGCCUCCUCGCAGUAUGAAGCAGUUGCCCUCAGUGACCCUGAUGAAGCCCCAGCAGCAGCAGGACGCUCGCUCUCAGAGUCCAACUCUGUCCUAUUACUCGUCUGGUCUCCACAACAUAGGAGCGUGUGAGCAGGAGGGAGGUGACCUACCAGAGCAGUGCCACGCCUGUUACCCCUGCCCCUGGGGUGGAUCCAACACCGAACCACGUGCCGUUUCWCCGUGCGGCGACCUGCUGCUGUCCGACAGCGUCUCGUCACGUUUGUCCUGGCCCAACAACUUCAGCGGAGGAGACUCACGCCGCGCCGAGGAGUUCCAGCCCCCCAGCUCCCGGAGCUACUACAGCUACCCCAGGAAGAGGACCCCCGGCGCCCCGAGGACCUGCACCUCCUGCCUCGUGGACUACGACGGGCGGGAGCACGCAGUGUGCAGAGACGACGGCUUCCAGAAACCCAACCAGAUGUGCACCAAGUCCUCGAGCUGCCACUCAGAAAUGUACAGAGACAAGCCCAUAGAGGAGUCGAACACUAAGCAGAGCCUCUCCUGCCCCUCGCUGCCCCCCAGGACCCCCAAACCCAACGCCACGAAGACGUGCGCCGAUUUACUGCCAGAGAACCUACCCGACACCCGACAGGAUGCUGGCACGCCCUCGCCUCCCCCAGACUCUACCAGUCCUUCGGCCUCGCCCCCCGCCGAGUGGCAGCCGCCCUUAAACCUGGCUGGGGUCUCCAUCGAAGAGGUCUCCAAGUCCCUGAAGUUCAUCGGGCUGCCGGAGGACAUCGUUGGUCUGUUCGUGUCAGAGAAGAUUGAUGGGAACCUCCUCCUGCAGCUCACCGAGGAGAUUCUGUCCGAGGACUUCAGACUGAGCAAACUGCAGGUGAAGAAACUGGUGCAGUUCAUCAACGGCUGGAGGCCCCGGAUCUGACCAGAAUCUGACCAGGAUCUGACCAGGAUCUGACCAGGAUCUGACCAGGAUCUGACCAGGAUCUGACGGUAGAAAACACUCAACUGUGAAGCUGAGAACACAAAGCCUUCAGUACGUCACGCUAUGCACAUGAACACACCAGGAGCUUUCAUUUUCUAACAUAUGAACUGUUUCCUGUUCAAAUGUUACGAGAAGACAAGAGUUCAUUCAACAACCGUUUGGCACUUUGAUUCAAAAAACUUUUUUUAAGCCACAGCUCUUUAAAAUAAAUGAUUCUUAACUUAAUUUUAAAGUUAAAGUAUGAACUUGAGAACAUUUUAGGGCCAUAAUUUAACACUAAAAGGCUUGAAGAGAAGCUAAACAAUGAAGGCAAUAAUGAGCUAAAAUGCUAAAAUAUGCUAAUUUUUGGUUUCUGUUUGAGUCAGAACAUGUUACUGUUAAACUAGAGAUAGACUGAUUAUUUGGUCGAUUGAUUUACUCCUUUUUUUAAAUAAUACAGUUACACAAACCUUUCACUCACAGACAAAAGAAUAUUUGACCAUUAAAAAAAAAAAAAAACACAUUUAGCUGAAAACGUGAUAAAACCAAUUCAAACAUAAGACUAAAUCCCCUCCAGUUACCAUUAUCUCAUCUACUGAUUGUUAGAAACCAGUAGAUUAUAAAAAUUGACAAAUAAACUUAUUAAAAACCAAAACAAAUCAUCCUAGUUUAUUGAAUAUUGGCCACUGAAGAGUCCACUUCAAGUCCAGCCCCAGACUCACUGCUGGAGACUCAAACUUGACUCAGUAUUGUGAGAAAAUAAGCAAAUUUUAUAUUUUUUAAGAACUGAUCCAAGAAAUCAUUCAUAGUUACAUAUAAUAAAGGUCUCAUUUUAAUGUGAUUCCAGGUAAAAAAAAAAUAUUUUCUCGACCAACAGUCAUGACGCAGUGAGAUAAAAGCUUAAAUAGAAAAAUUAAACAGUUUAAAUUUAAUUCUGAUGGUUUUAAGCUCCAGGAUUCGUCUCCACUUAUUGUUUUUCAUCUUUUCUUGAUUUUAUUGGGGGUACGUUUUCUAAUAAGAUGAAAAGAGUGGAGCUGAGCUGUGAUGUUGGGGAUUAAACACGUGUUUAACUCUGGSUUAAAGCAACAUGAACAAAAACAACCUUUCUGUAAAAUCAAUCUGUUUAAUGUCAGAAUGUUAGUUUAUUUCUGGUUUUUGUUUUUACCGUCUGUAAAACUACAGAGCUCUUUAUAUAAUGUUUUGUUUCUGUUUGUUUUAGUCAGAAGUUUCUUCCUCUCAUCAACAACAUGAAUGUCGUAUUAAUUUACAGAUUUAUUUGAACCGUUCUUUUUCCAGUGGAAUGAUUUUAUAAAAUAUAACUUUUGGGGUUUUUAACAACUAGAAUUUGGUGCAGAAGUUUGAAUUGAUUGAUCCACACAGGCUCUWUUAAACACCUGGACUUUUAGGCUUUUAGUCUCCAUCAUGAAGCUUCACACACAUUUCUGGCUGAUGUUUGAUCAGUUUUCUUGAGGGCAGAGUUCAUUUAAAAUGGUUGUUUCCUAAAAAUAUCAGUUUUUAAUCAGAGUUGAGUUCGGUGCUUUGUUGUUAGCUUGGUUUAUCCAAUCAGAAUUCAUCAUCAUUCAUCAUCGUUUAGCUGUUGAUUCAGUAUAAAUUAAAGAAUUUGGAGGUACUCUUUGAUUAUUCUCUCCACAGUCACCAAACAUGAUGCUUCCACCACCGUGCUUAACAGCUGGUUCAUCUCGUUCGUCUCACCCAAGAGUCACAGUUAGGGUCUUCUUCAAACAUGUGCACCAAACGCUUGUUUUUUUUAAAUUAAAAACAAAAAAAAAAACUUUCACUCUAAAAGAAUGAUUCAAAUAAAUKAUUAAAAGCUCCAAAUGUACAUGACUAAACUCGACAAGUCAAAUAACUCAGACUCUAACAUGGAAAUAACAGAACAAAGGUACGAAGGUGUAUUAAAGGUCAAAAUCUUUACAUAAAUCUCAGAAAUCCCAACAUUAACGUCAAAUAUUUACAGGAAACAACUCAAAUAGUCUUUUACGUUGAAAAGUCUUACAUUAACAAGAAAAAUUAUCUUUAAAAAGAAAGUCAGAAUUUCCAGGAAAUAAUCUUUACAAGAGAAAAAACGUUAAUUUUUUAACUAAAAUUCAAUUUUGCAAGAAAAACACAAAAGGUUUUAGUUUUUCUUUGUAAAUUUAGCACUUAUGUUAGAUCAUAUCUGGAUGGGMUUUUUUUGUUGUAAAUUUUUGAUUUUAAUACAACAUGUCAUAUUUUUUGCUCAAUAUUUAAACACUCAGUAAAUAUAUGACUUUAAUCUUGAACAUUUCAACUUAUUGCUCCCAAAUUCUUGUAAAGAAUCAUGAAAAAUUCAGCUUUUUUCUUUUUAAAUGGAUGACUUUUCAAAAUAAGAGAAAACCUGAAUGUUUGACAGUUUUAAUAAAAUUUUAUUGUUUUUUUGACGUGUCGUUAUGGUAACAGAUCAAAAUGUCAGAAAACACAGAUGAAGCACUUUGGKAGACUGGAGUUAUAGUAAAUGCAGUACCAGAGGGUAAAUAUAAACUUGUUAAAGUGUCUUUGUAAAGAGUAAAUGCACUACUUUUUGGUUUUUAUUUCAAACUGCAGCGGUACGUGUUUUUACGUUUUCUCUGCGCCUUAACCUGAAGCCCUUAAGAUGUUUCACCUGAAGAGGAUAAAACUGACGUGUUUCUGUGGGAUUCAGCAUUUCUGCAUUAUUUACGGUGAUGUUUCUGCGCCUCUCGGUUUAAUACUUGUCACCAUGGAUUGUUACAUCUUUUAUUUUUUUUAAUAAUUACUAAUGUUGAGAUUACUUUUGUUGUUUUUUUACUGUGUAAAUGAGUUUUUGAAAACAUCUGGUCACAAGCUGUAAGCCUCAGUCACAUGACACCAACAGGAAGUGGCCUUCGUCUAACUGCAGGUGAAGUCUUAUGCAAUAACAAUAAGUAUUAAACCUGCUGUGGUGUUGAUCUGAGGCCCAGAACUGAGCCGAUCGGGCCCGGUUCUGAUAAWCCAGCCUCACUAAGCCGUUAAUACAGAAGGAGUUCUGGGAUGUUUGGAUUUCUCUGAACAGAGUUCUGGUCCAGAACCGGAGGAUAAAGACUGCUGCUGGACCAGAGAAACCUGGAGUUUUGAAGGGUUUUUGUUCAGUUUGACUGUUUCUUUAUUUUUGAUGGUUAAAAUCUAUUAAAAAUGGAUCAACUAGU